AAGCUUUGAGCAGCGUUCCUUACCGAGGGAAGAGCAGUCAACCACACAGAGGAAAACCUGAAGAAGCAGCUCCGAUGGGAUUGCGGUGCUCCUUCGGCGGAACGACCUUACAGACCCUAAUGCUUCGUGCUUGUCCUCCUCCUUCGUCUUCUUCUUCGUUGAGCUUCUCCUUGCUCAGAACGCUAAAUCCUCAACGACGGAGACCAGUCCGCCAUUUCAUCCCUCUCGCUAGAGCCCUCUCUGCCUCUUCUCUAUCAGCAACUGCCUCCGUUACUUCAGAAGCUGCCCCCAGAACGGAUUCAGAUGACAAGGCUGCGAAGUCUCAGUGGAAGGCUGCGAUUGACUUCAAGUGGAUAAGGGACCACAGAGAUGCAGUUGCCACAAACAUCAAGAACAGAAACUCCAGUGCCAACUUGGACCUUGUUCUCGAGCUUUAUGCCAAAAUGUUGGAUACCCAAAAGGAAGUGGAGCAGCUUCGUGGAGAGAGGAAUGCAGUUGCGAACAAGAUGAAAGGGAAGUUAGAACCUUCGGAGCGCCAAAAACUUGUCGAGGAAGGUAAGAACUUAAAAGAAGGUUUGAUGACUUUGGAAGAAGACUUGGUUAAGCUGACCGAUGAGCUCCAACAAGAAGCACAGUUUAUCCCCAAUAUGACCCAUCCCGAUGUCCCUAUCGGCGAUGAGGAUUCUUCUGUAAUAAGAAAGAUGGUUGGAAGCCCUCGCGAGUUUAGCUUUCCAGUUAAGGAUCAUGUACAGCUUGGAAAAGAACUUGAUCUUUUUGAUUUUGAUGCUGCUGCUGAGGUCAGUGGAUCGAAGUUCUAUUACCUGAAGAACGAAGCUGUUCUGCUAGAGAUGGCUCUCAUCAAUUGGACACUUUCUGAAGUUGUCAAAAGGGGCUUCACACUUCUUACAACCCCUGAGAUUGUCAGGUCUUCUGUAGUUGAAAAGUGUGGGUUCCAACCUCGUGGAACAAAUACCCAGGUUUAUUCCAUCAAAGAUAGUGACCAAUGCCUAAUUGGUACCGCAGAGAUACCUGUUGGAGGAAUCCACAUGGACUCUAUUCUUCCCAACUCAUCGCUUCCACAUAAAUAUGCAGCCUUCUCUCAUUGCUUCCGAACUGAGGCGGGUGCUGCAGGAGCUGCAACUAGAGGUCUUUAUCGAGUGCACCAGUUUAGCAAGGUGGAGCUGUUCGUUUUAUGCCGGCCAGAGGAGAGCAAUGCUUACCACGAAGAGCUCAUAACGAUUGAAGAAGACCUCUUCUCUUCACUGGGACUGCAUUUCAAAACUCUCGAUAUGGCUUCUGGUGAUUUGGGGGCACCGGCGUACCGAAAGUUCGAUGUGGAGGCAUGGAUGCCCGGCUUAGGACGCUAUGGAGAGAUAUCGAGUGCCUCGAAUUGUACGGACUAUCAGAGCCGGAGACUGGGUAUUCGGUACCGGCCAGUGGACCCUGCUUCAUUGAAUAAUAAUAGCCCUAAGAAGGGGAAAAGCAAUGCUGGUCCGACACAGUUUGUGCACACAUUAAAUGCCACAGCUUGUGCGAUUCCUCGGAUGAUUGUGUGCAUACUCGAGAACUAUCAGCAGGAAGAUGGCUCGGUUGCCAUCCCAGCCCCGUUGAGGCCCUUCAUGGGUGGGCUUGAGGUCAUAGCUCCCAGACCCAGAUAAUACAAUAUAAACAUGAGAUUGUACCUUAGAAUCGAGGUUUUCUUUUUACAAAUCAUUUUACAAUUUUAGGUCUACCUGUGACUGUGACAGUUUGAAAAAUUAUUAUUAUUUUGUAUCUUUGGAAUUAUGAAGAAAUAAAUUGGUGGUUUAAUAUUUU